AGUUGGAGCAUUGCAGUGCAGUUCAGAAUACAUCAGAUCUCCUUACGAAACGUUUGUUUAAUUAUUUUGGAAACGAUGGCGUCCAAGAGUUUGAUAAUUUUACUUUGUGUGGUUGCUUCGGUGUGGUCUACGUACACUGAUAAAUAUGAUAAUAUCAAUUAUAAAGAAAUCAUGGAGAAUGAGAGAUUAUUAUUAGCGUAUGUAGACUGCGUCAUGGAGAGAGGGAAAUGUACACCAGAAGGAAAGGAGCUAAAAGCAAAUUUGAAUGAAGCUAUCGAAAACGGCUGCGCGGAAUGCACUGAGAAACAAAAAGAGGGAUCUAUCGAUGUUAUCCAGUACCUCAUUGAACAUCACCCAAAAAUCUGGGACGAGCUGUGUGGCAAGUUUGACCCCACCGGCAAGUGGAGGAAACAUUACGAAGAACAAGCAAAGGCUAAAGGAAUAAAAAUCGUGUAAUUUACUCAUGUAAUAUUUCAAUUUUCAACAAGUCUCUUAAAAAUAAAUGUAUUCAAUAAAA